AUGUAUAGUGGUGGCAAUAGUGUUCCGUUUGAUAAAUUUGCUGAACAUCAAGAUAAAUCAACGUUAGGUAAAUUGCGUCAAAGAUAUUGGAAAACAAAACAGAUCGUUAUCAAAAAACUUGGCCGCGAAGAAGAUGAAUGUAUCAUUGCAUCUGAUUCUGAUGUUGAUGCAAAGUUAGAGCUAUUGCUAACUGUUAAACGUUCAUGUUAUGAUUUGAUACGUAUUAUGGAACGGUAUCAAUUUACCGUUAUCCAACUGUCUCAUGAAGAGACAGAUUGUGCACGAUUUCUCAAAGAUUGUUCACAAACAGAUAAAACACGUGCCGGAAAAAUGAUGUCAAGUGUAUCAAAACUUCUAGCCUAUACAGCACAACAACGUUUGUCUUUGAGACAACCUCUUGUACGUUUAACAAAUGAAAUUGAAACAUUUCGAAAUCGAGCUGUUACAGAUACAUGUGCAACCGUGAAAAAAAUGGAAAAGGCACGAACGGAUUACCGAGGCAAUUUGUUAUGGUUAAAAGAUGCUUCACAACAAUUGGAUCCUGAUAAAGAAUUGGAAAAAUUUCGUCGUGUUCAAUCACAAGUAAAGCAGACAAAAUAUCGUUAUGAUAAACUGAAAGGUGAUGUUAUACAAAAAAUUGACUUAUUAACUGCUUCUCGAUGUAACAUGUAUUCACAUGUGUUGGCCACGUAUCAAACAGCAUUGUUAUUGUUUUGGGAAAAAACCUCUAAGACCAUGUCUGCCAUAGCUGAAACAUUUAAAGGUUAUCAGUAUUAUGAAUUCACAGUUAUCAAAGAUUUACAAGAACCUAAUAGAUUAUUGGCCGAAUUGAACACAAGUAGUUUUAUUGGAGAGAAAAUAACAGCCAAAGAAACGAAAGAGAAUGAGGAAAUUCCAGAACAAAAUUCUUCAUUAAUUGAUAUCUCAACAGAUUCUAAACAACAACAAUCAGUUACCUCUUCAAUGAUGUCUUCUGCAACUAAUGAUGUGUCAUCACUGAUCGAUAUUUUGAAUGAUUCAGAUGCCAAAUUUGAUGAUCAGUUAUUAGAAUUAGAAAAAUUAACAACAAUUCAACCACCUACGCCAAAAACGAAUGAUCAAACAAAACCAACGACAUCCGAUAGUAACGAUAACAUCAAUGAAUUAAUUCAUAUUAAUGAUGAUAAGUUAUUUAGUGAAUUUCUAUCGAGUACAGAAUAUAAUGGUAACAACACGACUGGUGGAAUGGGAGCAUCAAGUAGUUUUGAUGCUCAUUGGAAUGCGGCAUUUGGUGGUGCCACUACAACGCAAUCUCCACUAUCAUCGUCUUCUUUCGCUUCUUCGAAUAUGUUAAACGAUGAUUCAUCAAACUUUUUACCAUCUCAUAUAUUGAAUGAACUAAUACUCUCAAGUAAAGUCGAAAAUUCGUUACAGUUGGGUGCACCACAGCAACUAUCACAUGGCAAUCCAAAUGAGAACGGCAAAGCAUCAUCUCAGCAACCCGUUAAACCACUAAAACAAAAUAUAAAACAAGAUAAAUCUAGCUGGUUUAAUUUAUUUGCUGAUUUGGAUCCAUUACAGAACCCAGACGCGAUUGGAGGAAAAGGAACAGUAGAGGCUGAACGAAGUUGUUGA